GCUGUCAACAAUUGACAGUUGUCAAAUUUCAUGUCUAUACAUAUGUAGUAGAUUAAAAUAAAAAUAUAAAAAUGAGAUCGUCAAGUAAUAAUUUAAGGAAAUCAAAAAACAGAUACAAUAAAAUAAAUUUGGUAUUCGACGAAAAUAAAAGAAGAGAAUUUUUAACUGGAUUCCAUAAAAGGAAAUUACAACGUAAAAAGGAAGCUAAAGAAAAAUUCGAAAGGGAUCUAAAGGAGGAAAGGAAACGAAUAAAAGCCGAAGCAAAGGAAUCUUAUAAAAAAUUAGUAGUUUCACAUAGACCGAUUCCGGAGCUGGAAGAUUUAUUAAGCGAAAAAUACGAAGAUGAAGACGUAACUGUGAAAGUGUUAGAACUCUCGACUAACGAUAUAGCGAAACAAAACAAUUGGAUAGGAACAAAUCAACCAAAAUACGAAGAUAUUGAUGAAGAUGAAAGUGAUAGUAGAAACGUCGAAGAAAACGAAAUCCCCGGUAUGGAAUUGAAACGAAAACCGAUAUUGAGUAAAAAGAAACAAGAAAAAAUAACGAAAUUCAAUUCGGAAAAAGAGGUUAAAAAGAUAUUGAAGAAACAGGCGACAAAGAGCAUAAAAAAAAGUAAAGUUUUCCAGAUGAAAAAUAAAAUGGAACGGCAAAAACAAAAGAAGAAAUCCAUGCAAAUGAAAAAGGAAAGGUUGAAAAUUCGAGAGAAAAAGGGGAGAAGAAAUAAAAGAGGAAAGAAUAAAGGAGGAAACUAUAAUGAGUGAGUGAGUAAGCUUUGUGUUUUAUAUGUUUUUCACAUGGAUUUUUGUGUAAAUAUAUUUUUUUUAAUUGA